GACUGUAGAGGCAAAGCGCUGAAAUCCUUAGGUCGCUGGUUCAAAUCCGGCUCGAAGGAAAUUUUAUUUAACCUAAAGCACUAUUAUUAGCUUUUUCUUAGUUUUCUUUGAAGUAGACUCACCCAGCAUAAACAUAUAUUUGUGUUCACUGUAUUAAAGGACAAUGUUGGCAGCCUGUGACAUUUGCGUCGCGUCCCGCCUCCAAGGUCUUGGAGGAGUGUCUGCUGCUGCUUAAAGUGUUUCACCGGAGAAAGGGAGAUGUUCUCAGCAUCAUCGAUGGCCCAGCCGCCGGGGGAACUGACACCGUGGCUUCUGGAGUAGAGCUGUGAGAGACCCACCAGCCCUUCCACACGUCUCCCUCAGUCGUUCUGCAGGUGGCGACCGCGAGCAAAGAAGGCAGCCAUGCCCCCGCUUGCCGACGUGGUGAAAGUGGCCAUCGAGUGGCCCGGUGCCAAUGCUCAGCUUAUCGAGAUAGACCAGAAAAGACCGUUGGCUUCAAUCAUUCGAGAAGUGUGUGACGGGUGGUCUUUGUCAGGCGCAGAACAGUUUGCUCUGCGGUAUGCUGACGGUCCUCAGCUUUAUAUCACUGAACAGAGUCGUGGGGACAUUAAGAACGGCACCAUCCUUCGCUUAGCCAUUUCUCCUGCUCGUGCUGCUCGUCAGCUGCUGGAGCGAAUCCAGUCCCAUGGGAUAGACGCCCGGCUGGAGGCUCUCAAGGAGCUGGCCAAGCUGUCGGCAGACCCCACGUUUGCCGCGGAGUUCAUAAACAUGGAGGGCAUCGGAACUCUGGCCCGCUUGGUGGAGAGUGGCACACACUUUGGGGAGAUGCUGGCUUUCACCCUGACUGCCUUCCUGGAGCUGAUGGACCACAGCAUCGUGUCCUGGGAUCUUAUCUCACUGUCCUUCAUCAAGCAGAUUGCAGGAUACGUGAACCAGCCCAUGGUGGACGUGUCCAUUCUGCAGCGGUCUCUGGCCAUCCUGGAGAGCAUGGUUCUCAACAGCCACAGUCUCUACCACAGAGUGGCCCAGGAGAUCACCGUGGGACAACUCAUCGGGCACCUGCAAGUGUCAAACCAGGAGAUUCAGACCUACGCCAUCGCACUCAUCAAUGCUCUUUUCCUCAAAGCACCCGAGGACAGACGGCAGGAGGAGUACUCCAACCCGCUGGAGCAGCACCUGACUGAAAUGGCGAGCACUUUAGCCCAGAAGCACCUGCGAUCCAUCAUACUUAACCAUAUCAUCAGAGGGAAUCGACCAAUCAAAGCAGAGAUGGCCCAUCAGCUGUAUGUGCUCCAGGUGUUGACCUUCAACCUUUUGGAGGAGCGAAUGAUGACCAAAAUGGACCCCAACGACCAGACUCAGAGAGACGUCAUUUUUGAACUGCGGAGGAUUGCCUUUGAUGGAGAAAAUGACCCCACUGGUACAGAGAAAAGAAAGGCCUUGUACGCCAAGGAUUAUAAGAUGCUGGGUUUCACGAACCACUUGAACCCUGCAAUGGACUUCACUCAGACUCCUCCUGGGAUGUUGGCUCUGGACAACAUGCUGUACCUGGCCAAGGUCCACCAGGACACGUACAUCCGGAUCGUCCUGGAGAACAGCAGUCGCGAGGACAAGCACGAAUGUCCCUUCGGCCGCUGCGCUAUCGAGCUCACCCGGGUCCUCUGUGAGAUCCUCCAAGUUGGAGAACUGCCCAACGAAGGCUGCAAUGACUACCAUCCCAUGUUCUUCACCCAUGACCGGGCGUGGGAGGAGUUCUUCUGCGUCUGCAUUCAGCUGCUGAAUAAAACCUGGAAGGAGAUGAGGGCCACUGCUGAGGACUUCAACAAGGUGAUGCAGGUGGCCCGGGAGCAGAUCACCAGAGCUCUGGCCAUGAAGCCCUCGUCUUUGGACCAACUGAAGAACAAGCUGCGUGGUCUCAGCUACUCGGAGAUACUUCGGCUCCGACAGUCGGAGAGAAUGAGCCAGGAUGACUUCCAGUCCCCCCCCAUCAUCGAGCUGCGCGAGAGAAUCCAGCCGGAGAUUCUGGAGCUCAUUAAGCAGCAGCGACUCAAUCGGCUGUGUGAGGGCAGCUGUUUCCGGAAAGUGGGGAACCGCCGCAGGCAAGAGAAGUUUUGGUUCUGCAGACUCUCUUUGAACCACAAAGUGCUUCACUUUGGGGACCUGGACGAAUCACCUCAGGGUGAAGUGCCUUUGGAGAUGCUCAGCGACAAGAUCCCCGUCUGUGACAUCAAGUCUGUGGUGACCGGGAAGGACUGCCCUCAUAUGAAGGAGAAAAGUGCUCUGAAACAAAACAAGGAGGUGCUGGAGUUGGCCUUCUCCGUCCUCUAUGAUCCCGAUGAGACGCUCAACUUUGUUGCACCAAACAAGUAUGAGUACUGCGUCUGGACGGACGGCCUGUGUGCGCUGCUGGGCAGAGAGAUGGGCAGCGACUUGACCCGCAGCGACCUGGACACGCUCAUCAGCAUGGAGAUGAAGCUCCGCCUCCUGGACCUGGAGAACAUCACCAUCCCGGAGGCCCCGCCCCCUGUUCCCAAGGAGCCCAGCUCGUACAACUUCACGUACAAUUACAGCUGAGAUGUUUGAUUGUAAAGGUCAAGAAUGUGCGUGUGUGCUGCAUUCUCAAGUGCCGUACUUUCCGGGACUACAGUGUUUAAGCCACACCCAUUAAAUCUUCGAAUAAAUAAAUAUGUUUAAGUAUAUUAACCGCACCAGACUUUAAGCCGCAGAUAUUUACCGGUAUGAAAUAUUUUAUAAAUGUUUAUUUACAUACCUUAAUUGUUUCCAAACGGUGUCUGUAACACGGCAGUAGAAUGGCUGAUCAGACAAAACAGAAGUCAUCGUCAUGGACCCACUAGCUACAGAAGCAAGCUCUCCAAUCAUCUAAACAGACUCAAUAACUCCACGGUGACGCUUUGGUGAAUUUACCGAGGAAUUUGUGAAACUGAAACAAUACAAAAAGUAAACGUGUUAGCAUAUCAGCUAUCUGCUUGAUUACUUUACGAUAGCACGUACAAUUAGCCAGAGUAAGACUAAAACAAGUAAGAAUUGUUUUAGUUGUAUUGUAAAACUUACAAACGUUGCUGGGAGCGAUGAAUUGAGAACCCAUACGAGCAGAAACGCCACGGACGGUUAUACUUUUGGUUCGAAGCACGAAACAGGAAGUCCAUUUUUAACGCCCGGAACCUGCAUCCAAAACAAAAAUACACCUCUUCAGCGUCGCUGUUUUAUGAAAACUAUUUGUCGAGUACAAAACAUUAUGGCCGUCAGCGAAGAAAAAACAGUAAAUUAGCCACACUGUUUUAUAAACCACAGGAUUCAAAGCGUGGGGAAAAAAAGUAGCGACCUAUAGUCCAGAAAAUACGGUAGUUUCUUUUAAACUUGCUUUUGUUUUUUUUUGCUUACAAUGCUUUUUAUGACUCAUCCGCAUCAUCUGAGCCGAGUGCGCGUGUGGGCGUGUUCCACACUUUUAUCUCCACUUCCCACCUCUUUUUACUAUUAUUAUUAUUAUUAUUAUUAUUAUUUAUUAUUAUUAUCAUUAUUAUUAUUCAUAAUAAUAACAAUAAUAAUAGUAUCAUCAUUAUUAUUACUAUUAUUGUUAUUAUCAUUACUGUUAUUGUUAUUAUUACUAGUAUCAUUAUUAUUAUAAUAAUUAUAAUUAUUAUUAUUAUUAAUAAUAAUAACAACAAUAAUAAUAUAUCAUUAUUAUUAUUAUUACUAUUAUUGUCAUUAUUAUUAUUACUAUUACUGUUAUUAGUAUCAUUAUUAUUAUUAAUAUUAUUAUUUAUAUUAUAAUUAUUAUUAAUAAUGAUAAUAUCUUUAUCGUUAUUAUCAUCAUUAUUAUUAAUAAUAAUAACAAUAGUAAUAUUAUUACUAUUACUGUUAUUAUUAUUAUUAUCAUUAUUAUUAUUAUUACUAUUGUUAUCAUUAUUAUUAUAAUAAUUAUUAUGAUCAAUUUUACUAAAAGGGACAAGCAGUAGAAAAUGGAUGGAUUAUUAUUCCAUUAUUAUUAUUAUGACUAUUAUUAUUGUCAUUAUAAUUAUUAUUAUUUCCAAUCACUGACAGCGACUUCUAUUAUAGGAACCUCUUUUGUUUCAUCAAAACAUUCAUCAAAAACAUGAAUUUGUUACCUGUAAUAAGAUAUAAAUCCGGUUAAUGUCGUGAUUCCAACCACUAGCAGUGGUGAAGAGGUUGUAUAUUUCAACUAGUGUUUACAUGGAGUGGAUAUUACGUACUGUAAGUAUUUCUAUAGAUGUAUUUAAAGCUGCAAAAAGUGCUGAUUGUUCCGUAACCAGUCAGCGUUAAACUGGUUUAUGUUGUUUGAAAUAUUUAAAACUGGAUAUUUACCUGAGUUGUGUUGUGGUGAUAUUAAGGUACUCAUCUAUCCAACAGAACCUUUGAGUUGGAGAAGUCAUCCCGCACGGUAAGAACACGUUUAAUCAAUGAUGUCAUUCUGAAUAGAAUUAUAUUUUUGUAAACCAUGGUACACUGUGAGAAGAAGGAGUAACAUUACUUGGUGUGCUAAAUGUUACAUUGUGGCUCCAUAAGCCCCUCCUCAUAUUUGUGAAAUAUUGAAUAAACUCGGCUGCUAACGUGCGUCGUCAUGCUUUCGUAUUUGUGACGGUAAGAAGCGGCUAGCGGAGAGGUCACCUGGCAUUUGGCGCGCCUCGUAAACUGCAGUGACUUUAGCGUUAGAAAUGAGAUAUGCUAACAGUCUAACGCAUUUGCUAGUCAUGCUAGGUGUUGGCGACAAAUGAAACGUCUAAAUAUGUGCGGUGUGUAUAUAUAUUGUAUUGUUGUAUUGCAGUAAUGGAGUUUUGUGUCAAUAAAUGUCAAAUAUUUACACUUUAA